AUGCCCGUGCCCAGCUGGCAUGGAGACGGGAAAAUCCCUGCGCCUGAAAAUCGCUUGGAAGCUUGGCUGCUGGCCGCGCUGGACUGCAAGUUUGCACAACAGGAAGCACUUCUGCGCGACUUGCUCAAGUCGCCUGGUCUGCUCCCAUUGGGAAGCUCCCUUGGAUUGGCGAGCUCCGUCUCAGUAGGGGUGGGCGACAGCCGCGCACCAGGCAGUCGGGGCCUAGACAAAACCGACAAAGAUGACCACGACUUGCACGUGGAGUUUGUGAGUUCCGAUGUGUCACCUAGACCCGAAACACCAAUUUCAGAUCCUUCCUCGGAUGCCAAAAGCCGGUUUUUCGGGAGAGCCGCCAACACACUUGGUGCCCACGUCAUGAAAGAGAAGUGGGCAAAGGACCCUCCCCUCAAAUCUUUUGUCAAGAACCAGAUGGACGUUCUGAUUGGUGCGGUGGUCGUCGUUAAUGUAUCUUUCAUGGUCUUCCAUGCUCAGUGGAUGGGGGCACAGGCAGAUCUCACUGUGGGAGUUAGUGACCAACCUUGGAUGGGUCCAUCGCAAGAACUUUUCGAUAUUUCAGAGUAUGUAUUCUUCAGCUUGUACCUCUUGGAUGUUGGCAUACGAGUGACAGUGCUUCGGCGUGAAUGGUGGUACGACCCGCUGCGUGGGCGAAUGUAUUUAAAUGCCUUUGAUGCUAUUCUUGUGUUUGUGAAUUUCCUCGAGCUGGUAGUUGUUCCUGGAAUUUUGGGCGAUGAAAGCCAGAUGAGCUCUAGCCAGAUACGCCUGAUAAAGCUGUCGCGUGUGGCAAGAACGCUUCGCGUAAUCAAAUCGCUGUCCUUGUUCAGGCAGUUGAGGCAUCUUGUUGGGACAUGUAUUGCCAGCAUUGGUGCCCUGUUCUGGUCUAUUGUUUUGAUUUUGCUUUGCCAGCUGACCUUCGCUUUGAUGGCCUGCCAAGCGAUGCAGCCUUUUAUUCUGAAUGAAGCGGCUGACCUAGACACACGCCUGCUGAUGAACAGCUGGUAUGGCAGCUUUUUCAAAGCAAUGUACACCAUGUUUGAGAUAACGCUGAGCGGGGGAUGGCCUCUUCUAGUGAGACCUGUAGUGGAGCUGGUGGAUGCCUGGUACGCGGCCCUCUUCCUGCCCUAUAUAGCAGUCGUGGUUUUUGCUGUCUUGAGGAUAGUCACUGCCCUGUUCAUUAAGGAGACGCUGCAAACUGCAGCUAAUGAUGCAGAGAUGGUGAUUGAAGAGUCUAGGUCAACUUCUUUGCAAUAUCAACGUCGCCUCGAGCAGCUUUUUCGCUUGGUUGAUGACGAUGGGGAUGGUCACCUGACACUCGAUGAAUUUCGUGCUGCUGUGAAUAUGCCCAGUGUGUCCCAGUACUUGUCAUACUUGGAUGUGACGGUGCGGGAUUGCGAGCCUUUGUUCGAGAUCCUUGCAGAAGGGGAUGGCCUCAUCACGAUUGCCGAGUUCUGCACGGGCAUCAUGCAGUGGAAAGGCCAAGCAAGAGCACUGGACAUCGUGAUGCUACAGCAUGAGAAUGCCAAGCUUCUGAGUGAGUGCCAGCAGAUUCGCCGCAGUGUCUCCGCAAUGUCGAAGGCCUUUCGCCGCCGCGCCAGUGACAUAAACGAGUACCGGUGUGAAGACAUGGCGCAAGAUUCAAGCGACGGAGUGCAUAAGUUUCCUUCUCCCAACUUCGAAACGGUUCUGAAGUACCCCGGCUUUCUCCACUCGCCAUAUCGCCGCAAGCCGAGUCGGCGAUUCGCAGCAGGCCUGUCGGAUGCAAAACCGAGCGACAUGGUGAGCAUUGUGGACCUCUUGGCUCAGAAUCACGGUACUAUGCCUGUGCCUGCCGCGGAUGGGUCGGACAAAGCUUUGAACCCUUUCGGGACAUCUGGUGCGUUGCCGGAUUCGGACCAUGCGUGGCAGCUUGAGUUGACCACAGUCGUGCUGUCAACCUUGGACCGGAAGUUCUCUGAACAAGAAGCCCUCCUACGUGAACUAUUGGCUCCAAGCACUGUGGAACUCUCUGGAGAGAGUUCUGUGGCUUUGGUGGAGAAUGUCGAAGCGGUGAACUCAGCAGAGGUAUCCGAACCACCGGGUGAUCCGGACGCAGCUGAGAGAAAGACUCGCCGCCUCCAUACUGGGAGAACAGUCACAGCGCUUGGGGCGCAGGUGAUGAGGGAGACGUGGGAGCCAGACCCGCCUUUAAAGGCCUUUGUGAAAGGUCCGCUGGAUGUGUACGCCGGAAUCGUAGUCAUCAUCAAUGUAGCUUUCAUGAUAUGGCAUACGCAAUGGACCGGAUCCGCGGCCGAUGUCAGUGUGGGUAUACACGACGAGCAACCAACUUCGUUGUCACAAGAGUUUUUCGACAUCGCAGAGUUUAUUUUCUUUUGCUUGUAUGUAUUGGACGUAAGUGUUCGACUGGUCGUGCUGCGUGGGGAAUGGUGGUAUGAUCGCCACCGUGGCAGGAUGUAUCUUAAUGUAUUUGACGCAGCCCUGGUUCUUAUCAACUUCUGUGAGCUGAUAGCUAUUCCAGCGAUAACGAGCACACGGGAUGGAGACCUCCACGCCAGCCACAUACGAAUGAUGAAGCUCCUGCGACUAGCGCGGUCUCUUCGGAUAUUCAAGACGGUGUCCAUGUUUCGUCAUCUUAGGAACCUUAUUGGUACCUGUGUUGCGAGCUUCUUUGCUUUGAUAUGGUCUGUCGUGCUCCUGCUCCUCUGCCAGCUGGCCUUUGCACUGGUCAUUUGCCAGGCCUUGCAAGGUGUAAUUUUAGACGAUGAGAUCGACUUGGAGGUCAGACUGCAGAUGAACAACUUGUAUGGCAGCUUCUUGAAAGCGAUGUACACCGUGUUCGAAAUCACCCUGUCCGGUGGGUGGCCGCUGCUUGUUCGCCCGGUCGUGGAAACCGUGAGCCCCUGGUAUGCCGCGCUGUUCUUGCCCUAUGUAACGCUGGUGGUUUUUGCAAUACUCAGAAUUGUGACCGCCCUCUUCAUCAAGGAAACCUUGCAGAGCGCAGAGAACGAUGCCGAAAUGAUGAUGGAGGAUUCAAGGACCAGCUCCCAGCGGUAUCAGAGGCGUCUCGAAGAGCUUUUUCACCUUGUGGAUGACGAUGGAGAUGGGCACCUCACCCUCGAAGAGUUUCGCGCAGCUUGCAGUUUGCCAAGUGUGGAGCAGUACAUGAGCUACCUGGACGUCACGUUGCGGGACUGUGAGCCGCUCUUUGAAAUUCUGGCCGAGGGAGAUGGCUUGAUCACCAUCACAGAGUUCUGCAAAGGUGUUAUGCAAUUGAAAGGUCUGGCCAAAGCCAUUGACAUUGUCAUGCUCAAGCAUGAGAACGGUAAGAUCUUGAGAGAGCUUCAGAAUGCUCGUCUGGUCAUGGCCGCAGCACUGCCUCUCUCCACAAAGGUGCAGAUGGUUCGGUUUCGAAAGCUAGCUUUCAAUGCGAGGAGCGGUUCAGUGAAGCAUAGUUUACUGUAUGAUGCUGCAAUAUACUCGGCAUUUCGUCAAGCAGUUGGUUGCCAUGGGCUUUGCCCGAGUCUAGUUCAGAUGGCCCCGAAGAAGGGCAAGAAGGAGGAGGAAGAGGUUGCAGAAGCACCAGUUGCACCAACCGAGCCUGUGGAGGAGGUUCCGAAACCUCGGAAAGUCUGGUCCUAUGGCAUCAACAACCACGUGGACCACUUGGCUGCAGAGACAUUGCAGGCCUUCAAGGGCAUUGGCGACUUCCGGCAGGACUUUGCCGGCUUGUGCGAUGCGCUGGACGUCGUGGGCCAUCAUGCCCUCAUGCCUGAGAAAGACUUGGAAGCUCCUCGCGAGGCAGGCCCAUCAGCCGUUCUGACACUGCAAAGCCAGCUGCUGGAUCGUGCAUCUAUGUUGGUCAUGAAGGCAAUUCUGCCAACCUCUCUGCACUUGGACACAGUGCGCCUGAGUGGAUGCAGCCUGGACAUAGAGUUGCUGCAGUUGCUGCGGGAAGCCUUGACUUCAGAGACGACAGUGCGAAGCUUACACGUGGAGUGGAACCGUAUGGAGUUGGCACUGGAUGACAAGAUCCGUGAGUCAUUGAACGAGGCACAUCACUGGACGGAAAUCGAUGAGGCCGAGAAGAGUUUGUUCCACUCCCGGGCGCAGCGUUCGUUGACGAUGUUCCGAGAGGAGCUGGAGUCAAGACAAGGUGGCGACGUGAAGUUGGCCAUCCAGCGGUUAGCGGAACAUGCAGUCGCAGGCCAUCCGGUGACAGCAUCGCUUUGGCCCAUGGACAUCAACUCCUGGGUGUCCACCUUCUACGAUGUUUUUCACAUGGACGUCCUGGAUUGUGAGCCUGUGUUUAACAUCCUCGAUUCUAACUACGGCGACGGCGACGGGUUCGUUCCUCUGGCGAGGCUGCAG